AGAGAACAACAUCCAUAAAGUUAUUUUGUGAUUAACUUUGUUAGCCAGAUCAAUUGCGGUGCUUUAGUUGACUACAGGUUCUCAAGUGGUUAGUUAUUUUGUGUAGUUCUUGUAGCAGUCAGAAUGUGGCCUGUCUUCGUGUCUUUGGUUGUUCUGUGCUGGACAGGCGUUGUCCAGUCCUCCUCGGAUUGUCCCUGGAACCAGUUUCAUCUUGGCCGCAUCAACAACAAGAUCAUCCUCCUUCUGGAAAACAUGGGAGGAUAUUUACCUGUGCAGUGUAUGGAAAAACAGACUCUCCAUUUUUUCCCAGAAAACAUCUUCACUGAUGCUGAGGAGGACUCAAUCCCACUGCUUGUCCUGCAAACAGGGCAGCUGUUCAUCAAUGUGUUUGGGGGCAAUAUGAGCUCCUUGUCAUGGAAUACGGAGAAAGUGCAGCUCUUGAGGAACCACGUUUUCCGCCAAACCACCCAGCUACAGCAAUGUGUGAACCAGGAUGGUGUGACGGACACAGUAACCACAGUACCGGCCUUGGCCUCCUUUUCUGAUCAGCUGACUGCCUUACACACUCAGGAGGAAUGUUCUUGGGAAUUGAUACGUUCCGAGUUCCAAUAUGCUUUCAAGCAACUCAAAGCCUAUCUGGACAAAAGAGGGAGACCACACUCCAAAUAGCAUGACAAAAUAUUAAUAAUAAUUAUUUUUAUGAAUAUAUUAUUUAUAUGUUUAUGAAUGUGAGUUUGUGAUUGUAUGUGUGUGAGAGCAAGUGUCAUUAUACUAUAUGUUAUAUUAUACUUAUUUA